AGCCCAGCUACUGUAGCAUCAGAUGGCCUCUUCGCCUUGGUCUUGAAGAUAAAUCUGAAGUUAGUUUCAACUGAAUCCAGUAUGUGUAUGAUUUUCUAUGGAUAGACCCAACGCUUGAAGGUUACCUUGCAAACCAUGGCCGAGAAUAUUCGAGUAGCCGUCCGUAUUCGCCCAGAGAAUUCCACAGAGGCACGCGGCUCGCACAGUAUCGUUGUCAGGCCCUUGGACGAAGAAGGACUUGUGUUUGACCCUGACGAAAAUUACAACACUCAAAGCUCCGGGCCCAACUGUUAUCGACGCAAGGCUAGAGACGUGCAUUUUCACUUUGACCGAGUGUUUGAUGAGCAGAGUACCCAACAGGAUGUUUUUGAAGGCACGGCCAAGACCAUUCUCGAUGGAAUCUUUAGUGGAUUCAACUGCAGUGUGCUGGCAUAUGGCGCUACAGGUGCUGGCAAAACACACACCAUGCUUGGCAGUGAGGAGUGCCCAGGACUCAUCUUCCUUAUCAUGAUGGAGCUGUAUCGCAGAAUGGAUGAAGUGAAUGAGGAGAAAAUCUGUAACAUCACCAUUUCAUAUCUGGAGGUCUACAACGAAACAAUUCGUGACUUGCUGAAGCCAACAUCCCAUGCACUAGCCGUGCGUGAAGAUCCGCAGAAAGGCGUGGUAGUUAGUCAACUCAGUACACACAAGCCUUCAGACGCACAUGACUUGCUUCGUAUGUUAUCCACCGGUAACAAUAAUCGUACGCAGCACCCAACAGAUGCCAAUGCCACAUCAUCGCGUUCUCAUGCUGUGUUCCAGGUUGUCAUGCAGCAAAAACCCCGUACGGCUGGCCUGAGUGCUGAAGUGCGAACUGCCAAACUGUUGCUGGUCGACUUGGCUGGGUCUGAGAGAGCUACUGUGUCUAGGAAUCGUGGAGAUCGACAGAGAGAGGGGGCCAACAUCAAUCGUUCUCUUCUCGCCCUCGGCAACUGCAUCAAUGCUCUGGCAGCAGGCAAUUCCAAAUCUCACAUUCCAUAUCGUGACAGCAAGCUAACUCGUCUGCUCAAGGACUCCCUUGGUGGUAACUGUCGAACGGCCUUCAUCGCCAAUGUCAGCCCGUCGACGUUGUCAUACGAGGAUACACUAAACACACUCCGUUACGCAGAGCGUGCAAAGAAAAUCAAAGUGAAGCUGAGCGAGAAUCGGACGAAAAUUGACUUCCAUGCCACUCGUUAUCGUAGUAUUGUUGCUGAUCUUCAGAAAGAGGUUGCUGACUUGAAACGUCGACUGAAGCAAACAGGAGGAGGUGAUCCCGCAGAAAAGGCCAACUCUGUUGCAGCUUGUCAACUGUUGCAAAAGGUUCAGACAGAGACGCGUGACAUCAUCAACGGGAAGCUAGCUUUGCGGCAGCGUCUACGCGACAUCCAGGCAUCGCAGCGUGACAACAUUACACUGUCGCUGCGCACCAGCCGUCUUAAAGCUCGUGUGCAGUGCUUGAUGCCGGAUGACAAGCGGAUCCUACACAAGCUGGACACGCGACUCGCUACUCUUGGCGAACGACAAGAGGAGUUAGACGAACAGUUUGCUGAGCUGCAAGGCCAACUGAAGGAGAAUGCGUCCAGGUGGUCAGCUAGCUAUAGUAACGCUAUAGCCAGCAUGACUGUGUUGGCAAACAAAGUGCAAUGGCUUCGACCAAGCAUUCAGCAAGUCCUGGAUGCGCGGCGACUUGAAGUACAUGAGGUGGAAUCUGCCAGAGAGCUGAAACAUCUCCGACACUUUGCCAACAGUCAGAAACUGGAUGCGGAGAAUACUGAAACCCUUGUCCAGCAAGCUCUUCGUCUAAUUCAACACCAACAGCGUCGCCUGGUAGCUUCUGGCAGUCUAACCGAUGACCUGCAGCAAAGCUAUUCAACACUGAUCCGUACUGUGCAGGGUGCUAAGAGCCUGGCUUGGGCUGAUGGGCAGAGCACGGCUAUGACACCCAGGCACAGCUUGAACAAGUCCUUCAUUGAGUCAAGUCCUUUCGAGAAGUUGCGACAGCAUCGGCAGAUGCUAGCUGCAGCACUGCAAUCACCACCUCACUUGUCAGAUGAGCUGUCACCCAUGGGUGAAGUCAGCAAGAAGUCCGGAGUGAGCCACACUGCAUCUCAUGAACAUGUUGGCAGCAGUGAUGAUGUGGGUGAUGGCGUGGGCAUGACCUCUGGCAAAGCUGUGUCGCAAGCUCUACUAGCACAAUCUGGCUCCAAUACCAGUAUUAACUCCAAGAUUAACCGAAUGCCAACGCGUGGCAUUAUGGCUACACCUGGCACAUCUCUGUUCCGCUCCCCCGGUGAAACACCUCCUACUCGACCAGCCUUUUCAUCCCAGCCUACUACGCCUCAAGCUGCUGGCACACGUGCUGGCGCUGCUGCUAUGACACAUGCCCAUUCGUCAUCGUCAAUUCCAACCAGCGUUGCUGCCUCCCAGCAUGCUAGCUCGUAUUCUCCCGUGUGCUCUUCAGCCGGUAAUCAGCCAGUAUUGAAUCGACGAACUGAUAUGACCGUGCCAUCACAAACCCCAAUGCGCCAUGUCUACUACGCUGCCCCCGAUAGUCCGUUGUUACCGAAUUCUUCCAACGUGCUCACCAGUACACCGGGAGUAGGGCUGCUUGCACGUGACUCUGCCAAACCUGCUGUGCUCCCACCCGCUGCUCUGGCCUUCACACCUGUUAUCUCGCGUGCGGAAAUCGUCUCGACGCCUGGCACAAGUGCAUUCUCGCAUGUCACCAUGCAGCAAUCGACCGAGGCAACAGCAGUGCAGCAGCCUGAAAGACCUGGCUCAACAUCACCCUCUCCUGAUAGUAGUGUCGUACUGCAACCAGCUUACAUGACGGGCACAUCAUCGCAUCUGGUAUCUCGCCGUGGCCAGUCGUCGACCUUCUUCACCACCCCAACCAUUCAUAACCAUCACCUUCUCCGUGCACAGCAACUGAAUGGUGUACACUCUCCGCAUUCACCUGCCAUUCCAUCUAACACUACUACUCAAGCACCUGCAACUGGGCUAACACAGAACGACAACAUUCGCAGGACUGAUGUUGAGAUUGCUGCUGAAGAUAUGCCUCUUCCACCUUCUCCAGAGACGUUUGUUCUGUCGUCUCCAGUGAACGGUUCAGCAGCGGUACAGGAGAAUGCUCUAGACUGUACAAUAACACUGCCCUCAUCGCCAACACAACAGCACAGUCAGCGUGGCUCUUCACCUGAUGGCGACUCGGCAACAUCCACUUCCAGCGGUCAAGGGUCGCGCAAUGGACAUGUGCCAGCAUUCCUGCCACCGCCACCACCUGGUCUGAAGGGUGCACGGCAGCGAGUGCGCGGUGUGAUAGAGCCUUCUAGUCGUCCUAGCAACGUAGGAAUCAACUCGGAUGAUAUGGAUGACUACGAUGCCGACCAAGCUGAUGCCAAUGUCACAUUCACCACCAAAGCAGCCAAUACCACCUUCACAGCCAAUCCAGCCUCAGCCAAUACCACCUUCACAGCCAAUCCAGCCUCAGGCAAUACCUUUCUAGUGGACCAAACAGCUACGGUUAUUCCUGAUGCGACCGCACGUGCAGCAGCUGUGGAGGCUCCAGCUAUUGUGCCCGCAAGUGCGCACAUCGCACCGCUUUCAGCUCUGUCUUCAACAGUUACCAUGGCUACUGGUGCUAGUGGGUUGUCUGGUGCGGGGCUGGGUAAAGGAACUAAGGGACAACACCAGCCUGGCAGCAGCAGCAGCCGUGCUGCGUCCGCAGGCUCAAUGAGUCUGACCGCUUCACUGCAGACAAAGCCUUCUGGCAAGUCAUCACGACCAAGUACUUACAAUGGCACAGGACGGAAGCAGAACUUUUCAUCUCUCACAGCUUCUGCACGGGCAAAGCAAAUGCCUGUCCGAGGGCGGGCGGAUGAAAACGCUGACCCGCAUCUUGGAGCUCCAAAGCGACCACCCUACACAAAGGGCAGUGGCCAGUUGGAAGCAUUCAAAGCCAAGCUGAACAGUAACAAGUCGACAGCCUCAUCGGGGACUCUUCGCACAAGCCGCAAGUCACGCCAGAAUUGAAUUGGAACUCGUCCUUUGCAUGCCGUCCUCUCCUCACAUUACAACGCUCAAUAGUUGAUAAUAAUUAUUCUUGUUUUCGUCUUGUUAGCAAGCAACCUCCUCUCUUCUCUUUAGGUCAUGUUCCCUUAUGUUUUCCUUAUUCAUUUCCAGUACGCUAUUCCCCACUCUCUCUUCCUCUCCAACCAGAGACACGAAAAUAGGUUUUUAGGCUUUAGAAAAGAAAAAAAUGCAUUUUCAUGAUCAUUUGAAUGCAGGACAACAUGCCAAUUGUAGUAGUAGUAGAGUUAUUGAGCAAUAAGAAGAUAGUGACUGGCGGUUGUCACCUAACACAGUAUACAAACAUGACUAUGCGUCUGCAAGAAAACUAAUCACGAAUGACAUGCUGUUGCCACCGCUAAUGUCGCCACCACAGUCAGUAUGUGCAAUGCCAUUAAAAAUUAUUGUGCUACUACUAAAGCAGACAUCAUAUCAAUAAGCACUUGCUGUGUACACUUAGGCCAGGAGCAGGGGGACCGGGUGUCCACUUUUCGCUUAUUGGUGUAUUAUUUUGUUUCGUGUUUGCACGCUGGAUAUGUGUUCUCCUGUCUAAAUCUAACAAACAAUGCCACCAUCCAUGAUAAGAAAAUGAUGUCAUGCCCUA